AAAAAUACCCUGUUUGCAGAAACCAAAAAAAAAAAAAAAAACAAUGGAAUUCUUUGGAAAAUUUACUGAUCAUCUUAAAGGUUGGUUUCAGAAUCAACGACCUUCAUCAUCUUCUUCAAUGAUUGUGAGACAGAAUUCAUCACAGACAAACAUGUCCAGUGGUUCGAUACAACCACAGUCAACACCACAAUCAGCAAGAUCAUCAUCAGCAAAGAAUGAUAAACUUUCACAUUUUCUAAUCAAAAAUAAUGCCGCCGAUAUACAAUGUACAUCUACUACAUCAUUAACUAUGACGACGACAACAACAACCAUGAUUCGAUCUCCAAAUGCUUUGGCAAACAAUACGCCAAUACGAAUAUCAUUAAAGCCUACGACGACAGUGAAUAAUAAUAGUCCAUCAUUAACCAUCAAAUCGCCACAUCUUCAUCAACAACAAGUAUUGCCGCCAUCAUCACUUUCAUUAUCAUCUUCUCAUUGGUCAACGUCAAGAUCACCCGACACACCUGGUGGUACAACUACCUUAAGUACAAUGAAUCCAGUAUCACCAACCAAUGCCUCCAAUCAUCAUCAUCAUCCAACUUAUAAUAAUAAUUAUCAUAAUAAUACACCGCCAUACUAUCAAUACAAUCGUCAGCAGCAACAACCAAAUAAUCAUUCGUUAGAUUAUGGUUAUCAAAUGCAUUAUAGUAAUAAUCAAUCGACAGCAUCAUCAUCAUCGUCAACAACAUCAUUCGGUGGUCAAGUUCCUUUAACGCCCGGACCUUAUAAUGCUUCUUCUAUCGGAAUUGGUCCAAGUAGCUAUUCAGCAAUAAAUACACCAGAUUCUCCUGUUAAUUUUCGUCGUCAAUAUUCAUUGAAUGUCAAUCAACGUGGUGGCCAUCAUAGUCAUCAUUAUCAUAACAAUAAUAACUCAUCUGGAGGUAACGCUUCUCGUCUUCAAUUGGAUUUACGUUCACAUAAAAAUUCCCCAGCGUAUCAACAACAAUCGGCUAGUACCGAUUUAAUUGACAAACAUUCAUUAAGUCCAAGACCAAGGCCUAAAGAUUUGAGUCUUUCGAAUAGCCAAGAUAAUAUGUUGAAACAGAUGGAUGGUCAUCAUAAUUCUAGUCGUUUUGGUGAUGUUUGUUCUGGUGGUGCACCUAAUCGUAUACCGAAGCCACUGAAAUUAAAAGCAUCAUUAUCAUCAUCAUCUAAUGUACAGAAUCGAUCGCAACCUCGACCUUGUGAUGGUUUGUUUGACAAUCCCAAUGGUAGUAAUAACAGCAACAAUCAUUAUCAUCACUCGAAUAAACAAAAUUAUCAUCAUGAUUCGAGUGGGAAAGUCUCAGCAAAUACUGUAACGAAUUCAAGUGGACGUGUUGGUUCGGCUAGAUGUACAGCAAGCGGUGUUUCUACUCCACAUAGUGUUUAUUAUCAGAAUCGUUUGGAAUUAUCACGUAAUAGUUUUCUAUUAACAAUCGGUGAAACGAAAUUCGAAAAUGUCAAAGAAAGUGAUUUUCUUCAGAUCCGUGAACUUGGUGCGGGUAGUUUUGCCCAGGUGUGUAAAAUGCUUCAUCGACCAUCAAAUGUUCAUUUGGCUGUUAAGAAAAUGCGCCGAAGUGGAAACCCGGAUGAAAUUCGGCAUAUACAAAGAGAUAGGGAUCUAUUGCAAAAAUCAAACCAUGAACAUGUGGUACAAUGUUAUGGAUACUUAAUACUCGAAACCGAAAUAUGGAUAUUCAUGGAAUUGAUGGCCACGUGUUUUGAUCGAUUAAUCAAACAUCUAUCCAAACGCAACGAGACCGUUCCAGAACGGAUAAUCGGAAAAGUUGCUGUCGCUACAAUCGAUGCAUUGGAUUAUCUUAAAAAAGAGCUCCAAGCAAUUCAUCGUGAUAUUAAACCUUCAAACAUAUUGAUCAAUGAUCAGGGCAUUAUUAAAUUGUGUGAUUUUGGCAUUUCUGGCUAUCUGAUUGAUUCAAAAGCUCAUACGCGAACCGUUGGUUCAACACCUUAUAUGGCUCCUGAAAGAAUACAACCACCAUCAGAUGGAACCUAUGAUAUACGAUCGGAUAUUUGGAGCAUGGGAAUCACUUUAAUCGAAAUAGCCACCGGACAAUUCCCAUACAAAGAUUGGUCGUCAAUAUUUGAAAUAUUAUCGAUUGUGAUUCAACAAGAACCACCUCGGUUACCAGAUGAUAAGGGUUUUUCCGAAGACUUUAAAUCAUUUAUUAAAGCAUGUUUGACCAAAGAAGCAGAAAAACGUCCCAAAUACAAAGAACUUAUGAACUUUCCAUUCUAUCAAUAUUAUUCGAAAACAUACGUCGAUGUCGCUGAAUGGUUUAAACAUACCCAAUAUGAUAAUGUUUCAGUUACGACAACAAAUACCCCCACAUUAGCAACGACGACGACCACCACCAACAAUGAUAAUAGUCAUUCAUCAUUUGCUGAUAUUCAACAACUUACUAACCAGAGUCAUUCAUCUUCAGCUUCAUCCUUGGCUUCGAAUUCUACCCCCAAAUAAUGACUAUUUUUCAUUGUCCAAACCAA